CUUAUAGAGAAACAAAACGACUCUUCAAAAAAGUAAGGGGUACAUAAUAACCUAACCCUUACUAUUUGCACAGUAGCCUGACUUUGACUAUUUGCACAGUAACUUGACCUUUAUUAUUUCAAUAGUGACACAUGCAAUAUGCUCAUGCUUGGAUACUUUGCCGGAUUUCCCUAGGACACAAAUUGGUUUUAUGACCUUUAACAGCAGAAUACACUUUUACAAUAUGAAGUCAUCCUUGAUGCAACGUCAAAUGUUGGUGGUCUUAGACUUAGAUGACGCGUUUGUUCUAUUACCGUAUGAUCUCCUUGCCAACUUGUUUGAAUCAAGAACUAUGGUGGAUGCUUUCUUAGAUGGCUUGCCGUCAAUGUUUGAGAAUACUUCACACGCGGAAUCUGCUUUUUGUCCAGCAGUCAAGAGUCAAAUAAAUGAAAACUUGAUGAUUUUCUAUAAUACAUUGCCAUCACUGGGCGUUUGGUAGGAUGAAGUUGCGGCAUGAUGAUCAUCAUGUGUAUGGAACAGAUAAAUAGCAUGUAUUAAGACUACCAGAAGAUCCAUUCUAUGGAAAGAUGGUUGCUGAACUGACAGAAAACUAGAUAGCUGUUGAUGUUUAUGUUUUCAGUGGCAAAUAGGCUAACAUAGCUUCUCUAGGUUUGCGCUAAUGAUAUUAACCAUUGGCUCUCGGUGAAAAAUUCGUUUCUUUAUUAUAUACAAUGGGUUUUUUUCUUUUUUCCCUUGUCAUGUUUUGGAUUGUGAUCCUUAUAGUUUCAAAACCCAAGCAUAUUUACAGGAACUCAUUCAGAAUAUGAACUACGCAUGGACUGUCUCAGCAGUCCAUUUAUUUUUUUGAAAAAAUGAAAUAUUGUGACUUUUAAUAAAUUAAUCAUGGGUUAAAAGUAGUCCUUCAACUAAUGAGGAGGUCAAAUAAAUUUUUGUAUUGCAUAAUAGCUGUCUUUCUGGUUGACGUCUAAGAAGCAUGUAAUAGUUAUUCUGACAUCCCCCUUACGGUGUUUGUCGACGUCUAUGCUGGAAUUUACCAAAUACAUAUAGCCUAAAAUUUUCUGUGCAAUGCUUGGUAUCAAGCUUAAAUAAAUGGCGUUUUUCCUAUUAAACUUUUAUUAGAAGAGUGCGUCUAUCUACCAUUAUGUUGAAUGUAUAGGAUACUUGGAGUCACAAUAAUAUUG